CAACGAAGGUGAGGUUACACUACCCGAGUGUCGGUGGGAUGAACUCUCCUGUGCCCACCAGCUCCUUAAGCUCAUCCGGGUAUCUACAGUUGGAUUUAGGAUAUUUCGAAUACCAUAAAUAACUUCCGAGAGAAAUUAAGUAUGCUAGGAGAACCAUAUGUAUUUCUAUAGUGGAACAUACAGUUUCGUGGAAAAUCUAAAUUCGUAAUGGCCGAAGUCUUUGGUGUUUGCAGCUGGUGGAGGCUGCAUCUGCGCAGUAGCUGAUUUCUGCGCAACAUUGUACGUCUAACACUCUGAAUGUAGCUGUAAGGUCUGCUGCACUUGGCAUGUCCAACUCGCGCUUUGAUCGUUCGCCUUUGUGGACAUAAUGAUUUCUAAAAGAACCUUUGCUGUUGUGCUCAUAUUAUGCUGUGGGGCCUUACAUGUGAGAUGCUCAGAAGAUGAAGAACGGCUCGUACGUGACCUCUUCCGGGAUUACAAUAAACUAAUCCGACCAGUAGAAGUCACGAAUAGGACUGUGAAUGUGAGUUUUGGGCUCUCUUUCAUCCAGCUCAUUAAUGUGAACGAGAAGAACCAGAUAAUGACGUCCAAUGUUUGGCUACAACUGGCCUGGAAUGACUACCAACUCAUAUGGGACGAAGCCGAUUAUGGUGGAAUUAGUGUGCUCAGGUUACCUCCGGACAAAGUAUGGAAACCAGACAUUGUGCUCUUCAACAACGCUGACGGUAACUACGAAGUUAGGUACAAGUCCAACGUGCUCAUUUACUCAACAGGCAUUGUGAUGUGGGUGCCGCCAGCCAUUUACCAAAGCUCCUGUACUAUUGACGUCACCUACUUUCCUUUUGAUCAACAGAAAUGUGUCAUGAAGUUUGGGUCGUGGACUUUCAACGGCGAUCAAGUGUCCUUAAAAUUGUAUGAUGACAAUAACUGGGUUGAUCUAUCCGAUUACUGGAAGAGUGGAACCUGGGACAUUGUGGAGGUUCCAGCCUUUCUCAACGUAUACAAUAAUUCUAAGGAAGGAAAGCCAACGGAAACUGAUAUUUCCUUCUACAUCACAAUUAGGCGGAAAACACUGUUCUAUACAGUCAACCUCAUUUUACCAACUGUUCUAAUUUCGUUUCUUUGUAUCCUUGUUUUUUAUCUUCCGGCCGAAGCAGGAGAAAAGGUUACUCUAGGGAUUUCCAUUCUCUUAUCUCUUGUAGUGUUCUUAUUGUUGGUGUCAAAGAUCCUGCCUCCAACGUCUCUGGUUCUUCCGCUUAUUGCAAAGUACCUACUCUUCACAUUCCUCAUGAAUACGGGGUCAAUCCUGGUUACAGUAAUUAUUAUUAACUGGAACUUUCGCGGGCCAAGGACCCAUAGAAUGCCUAAUUGGAUUCGCAUAGCAUUCUUAAAAUACUUUCCAAUCCUCUUGUUCAUGAAAAGGCCCAGGAAGACGAGGCUGGAAUGGAUGAUGGAGAUGCCAGGAUAUGGUAUUCAUCAACACUACCAUGGGUCGCCCAAGACCAAGCCCUAUAACUUUAAAAACAAAACAGAUUUUGUGGAACUUUCUGACAUCCAUCAUCCUAACUGCACCGUAACUAGAAAGCCUUCUUUAGAGAUGGAGAUUCAGCGAAGGGACAGCGAAUCAACAGAUACACUGUUUCUAACUCCAGAAGCUUAUCGGGCCACAGAAGCCAUUGAGUUUAUUGCAGAACAUUUACGAAGCGAAGAUGAAUACAUUCAGGGUUAAAGAAAGGAAGUCACCACUUGUAAUUACAAAUAAGACUUAUUCUGCUGUGUAUCUGGUGUAUAAGCAGAAUUUUUAGGAGUGGCCAACUGUAGUCAAUGACACGAAAUGAAGAUAAGUGCAGUGUCGUAUUCAUGUCCAAAAGUUUUGUACUAUUAUAUAUGGUUAGAUGAAUUGUGAAGCCUAUUGAUAAAAAUACGUAUUCUCAUUUUUCAUGAUUGUAUCUUUGUACAUGGAAAACAAACACGUUUGAUCAUUGCAUCAUUUUGAUUUAUCGAUGCAAUAAAUUCAGUGAAAUUUCUUCAAGACGUCUUUAAUUUAAUUUGUUUGAUUGUAACUUAGUAGCAAAUCUGUAUUACAAGGAUGUAAACAGGUAUUGUUAUAGAUGCUAAACAUGAAUAUGGUAGCUACAGUAUAGCUAAAAAAAUAUAACUUGGAAAGAAACUUAAAAUGAUGAAAACAUGAUCAAAUUUGCUCAGAUUCCUAGAAGCCCUAUGGCUGAACAGUUAGCAUUGGGUUUGUGUUUUCUGUUUAUUUUAUGUAUUGUAAUUAAGUUGCUUUAAGUAAAUGCUUUUUCCGUAAUACUUAGAUCCUUUACAGCUAUAUAUGUAUAUUUUUAAUUAUUUUACAGAUAUUGAGCACGUUAUAUUAAAACAAUUUUGGAGCCUUACCACUUCAUUACAAUAAUUUUCGACCCGUCCGAUCGUGCUAUAUCUCAGACGUGCAUCUUGACAAUAGCCCAGCAGUGUAUAUUAUAUAGCAAGAGACUCCAUUUUAAGGCUGUAACGUCCAAAGAAAUCCAACUAGUGAACGAGGACGAUGGUUUUCCAAAGCUUAUUUCAAAAUUUAUAUCGCAUAGAUAUCAAUUGGCGACUUGACCGAUAUAUCUUCGUAGGGAAUAUCAUGAAUAUCCGUUUCAUUCUCCAACUGCUACUAAUAUGCUUGUUACAAGACGUUACACGUUGCUUAAAACGGCCGAAGUACAAGUUAUUGUAGGUUUCGUUUGCAUGGUCCAUCUUUCCCCAAGUUGAUCCAUAUUAAUUUGUUUUCAAAUGCCAUUAAGUACAAGGAAUAUCCACGUCUCGGAAGUUCUAAAUUCCCGAUCUGAACACAUCUUUAUGAUCUAAGUGCAUUACUAUUUGGCGUCAGAAAGGAUUGUUACAUACCGUUCCCAAAAUCGAUCAGUUUUCGGUGAUAUCACACUACCUUCGUUACGCCAAGCAAUAUUAAUAUGUAGUUCUAAUGUAUUCCGUUCUACCGUUACUUUAUAUUGGCUGAAGUUGCCACGUGACUUGCAUAUUCAAAAUCGUUUUAAUAUAGCUUACUCAACUGUCUGUACUUAUUACUGUAGCGUUUUAUAUUUAAACACGGUGAUUUCAGGGUGCUCAGAAUUUUCUCACCAAUAGUAAUGUAUGUCACAAAGCAAUGUAUAUAGCUUAGAUUUACUGAAAUAAUUUGUUAGCAGGACUUAUGAUGAAAAAGAACCAAAUAACAAUAAUAAUUUAUGUAUACUUAACAUUGCAUUUUUGUACAUUUUUUGUAUGCGUGAGUGUUGGCAAAAACGGGCCUUUUUUAUGAAAAUAAAUUAUUCAUUCAUCUUAUUUAGGGUGAUGCAUAUGUGACGCACCACCAUGUCUAUCCCAAGUUCCUCCAUACUAGAAUUUUUCUAAAUAAUAUUUGCGUUUCACUAACUUAUUUCGUUACAGUAAAUGGUUAGGAUGUCAUUAACGAUGCAAUAUGGAUGUUUUCUGUUGUGCCAUGUGUCGUGAUAUCAGGGGUUCACAUUUCCAACGACCGUAGAAGACUUAUUAUGGUGCAUGACGUUUGCUACACCUUGAAUUAUUUAUUUAUAUACUGCAUAAACUGGUCCUUCUCAUGAAAACAGAAAACUUAAUUCAGCUUCACUUGCGAAUUUUACUAAUGACUGGAAGAUUGUUACAAUAAUAUAUUUAGUUUUGUUCUACUACCAGUACGACCCAGGUUCGAUUCCACUAUAGGUAUAAUGCCGAAAUACAUAAUCCGUGAAAAGUAAAUUCAUCAAACAAACAAAAAAAAAAGCCUCGAACCGAUAAUGUAGCGCACUGAUGCAAGAUGUGCCUAUGAUUUGACAUACGCUAUCUUAACAAGUGACUAGCCAUAAAAAGUUUAUAAUCAAAAUAGGCUUUCUUAUUAAAUCCAUCAAACGAUAAAAAAAACGAACCUGAAAGAUAAAUUCUCAUAGAGCAGCGAUAACUGACAGUGAAUUUAGAUAUAGUUCUAAAUCUUCUAAAACGCUGAAAAACAAAAUCAUGUUUGGAGAUAGAUAUGCAUGUUGUGUAUGCUAGUUGGAAGUUAAUGAAUCCUCAGAAUAGUGAAAUAAUAUUUGGUUGAGGAAUUAUUAGCAAGUAUAUUCUGUAUUCUGGAAGCGAUGAACCCUUUAUGAACCACCUAUUAAUCUAAAUAUACGUCUAUAAGGUAACACACAGAAGAUAAUUAUUUGGGCUUGAACAAAUUAUCGUUGAGCUAUGAGACAUGUGAGCUGUUACUAUGAGCAACGACCUCCAUAAACAGUUGUUAAGAACUGACAUUUUCUUUCUUAAAUUAAAAAUCAGUUCCAAUUCAAAAUGCUCCCAAUGGCACAGCGGUAUGUCUGCGGACUUACAACACUAGAAAUCUGGUUUCGAUACCCGUGGUGGGAAGAGCACAGAUAGCCCUUUAUGUAAUUUUUUGCUUAACUACGAACAAACAAACAAAUCCAAAAUUAGAAUAUUAAAUAACAUGAUAUGUAACUAAAGUAAUAGAAUCUACCGUUAAAUUUCCGAUUUUCAAAAAACUGGUUUUCUCAUUAUCUCAACGAGUUAUAAAAACUAAAAUCCUCAGAACUGGUCCAUACAAGUGAACACAUUUUGCCAAGAGAACCACCGAGUAUAUAAACGUUCGCCAUUCUUAGCAAUCCAUAUAGAGACGCCUUUCAUCACGUUCUUGUGCAGUGCUCAAAGUGACAAAAAAAAAAA